GUGCCCAGCUUCGUCGUUGCCUCACUCACUGGAGGCCCAGCUGUGAACUAGUGUGCUUUAGUAACGAGAGCUGCAAUGGUGGAAUUCGGAACCAGCCAACUCGCCUUUGUCCUUCUCUCCUUCGCUGCAGGAUUCUUCGCCUUCGCGCUUCUCCUGCUGCUGCUGCAGAAGCGCCCCUGGUGCUGCUGCCGCGUUUGUCGGGCCUGUCUGAGCGGUUCGUGGGCGGUGGAGUUCGACAACCUCAGCGACUGGUACGCGCACCUGCUGCAGAAGUCGCCCACCGGCACCAUCCGCAUCCACGUGCUCGGCAAAACGGUGACAGCCAACCCCGCCAACGUCGAGUACAUGCUCCGGACCCGGUUCGAUAACUUCCCCAAGGGCAAGCCCUUCACCGCCAUCCUCGGCGACCUCCUCGGCCAGGGCAUCUUCAACGUCGACGGCGACGCCUGGCGCUUACAGCGCAAGAUGGCCAGCCUCGCGCUCGGCAGCGUCAAGGUGCGAGAGUACGCCUCUUGCAUCGUCGCCGAGGAGAUCGCUUCCGGCGUACUGCCGCGGCUCGCGGCGGCGGCCGAGACCGGCAGCAUUAUCGACUUGCAGGACGUGUUCCGGAGGUUCACGUUCGACGCCAUCUGCCGGAUCUCGUUUGGGCUCGAGAGAGGGUGUAUCGAGCUUCCGGUGCCAAUGGAGGAGUUCACCGCGGCAUUCGACACCGCUUCGAGACUAUCGGCGAUGCGGGGCGCCUCGGUGGCUCCGGCGGUGUGGAAGCUGAAGCGGAUACUUAACGUGGGGUCUGAGAGGGAACUGCGUCGUGCGAUCUCGAUGAUCAACGAGCUGGCGAAGGAGGUCAUCCGGCAACGGCGGAAGCUGGGUUACGACGGUUGCCAUGACCUGCUCUCGCGGUUCAUGAGCACGGCGGAGGACGACGACGAGUACCUCCGCGACAUCGUCGUCAGCUUCCUCCUCGCGGGGCGCGACGCUGUCGCCUCCGCGCUUACAGGCCUCUUCCUGCUCCUCGCGCGCAACCCGCAAGUGGCGGCGAGGAUCGGUGAGGAAAUAAACGCCGGCGGGGAAAACAUGAGCUCUUCCGGCCGAGACUAUGUGCAGGCGGCGAUCCACGAGAGCAUGCGCCUGUACCCGCCGGUGCAGUUCGACUCCAAGUGGUGCGUGGAAGACGACGUGCUUCCGGACGGGACCUUCGUGGGGCAGGGGACGCGGGUGGUGUACCACCCCUACGCGAUGGGGCGGAUGGAGAGAAUAUGGGGAGCCGACUACGCCGAGUUCCGGCCGGAGCGGUGGCUCCGCGGGAAAGCGUUCGCCGCGGAGAGUCUCUUCAAGUACCCAGUGUUCCAGGCCGGUAACCGGGUUUGCCUCGGCAAGGAGCUCGCGUUGGUGGAGAUACGGAAGGUGGUGGUCGCGGUGUUGGAGCAGUUCGACGUCGAGGUUGCGGACGCGGGUCGGCCGGUGAAGUUUGCGCCGGGGCUGAACACGACGUUUAGCGGCGGGGUUUGGGCGCGGGUGACGCGGCGGGUGGCUGUGUCCGCGGAAAAUCGUGUGAUUAAAUAACUAAAUUAGGUGUAAUUUUGGGGCGGCAUAUCUCGUCGCUUCCGUCGCCUGAAACGGCGUUUUACUUUAAGCAUCCUCUGUUUCGCCGUCUCAGAUCUGUUUUACUCAAAAAUUGCCAAUUUCCUCCUCGAUUCGUAAAUA